AAGAAAGAAAGAAAGGGGGAAAAAAAUAGAGAGGAAAAAAAAAGACAAAAGUAAAAAAUAGGAAAAUAAAUAAAUAAAUAAAUAGAAAGGGGAAAAGGAAAACGAAGUUAAAGCUUUCUGUUUUAUUUGAAGUGAUAUCGAUUUAAUCAAACACGAUGGAUAUACGGGGAAUCGAAGUAACGAAUCAACUUAGAAGUGCUAUACGUGCAAAGUUAUUAGAGUUAGGAGUACGUUAUGACGAGGAAUUACCAGAUUAUAUUUUAGUAAUGGUAGUGAAUAAAAAGUCUCGUCAACAAAUGCACGAGGAUUUAUAUUUAUUCUUAGAAGACAGUACAACACCGUUUGUAGAUUGGCUACACGAUCAGGUUUUAAAGAAGCUUCAAAAAGUAACAGUCGCUAAGAAGAAGUCAUCGAGAGAAUUUGUGCCGACUGUUAUAGUUAAACAGGAGGAAGAAAGGAAGAAAAGGAAAACGUCUACUACAUCGUUCUUGGAAGAUCAAACGAGCGAACAAAGCGCAGAAAAGAGUCCUGUUAAAAAUAUAAAAGAUGAUAAAUCUUUGAAUAAACAAGUGAUUGGAGGAAAGUCAAUUCCAACGAAUCAGGCUAAUUAUGUGAAUCAGGUUAAGAGCACUGAUAAAUGUCCCAAAACGACUCAUAAUGAGAAUAAAUCCAGUAACGUUCCCACCCCUACAAAUCAUCAUCAUCAUCAGAUACAAGAAAGUAAUAAUACUAGCAAGGAUAAUAAUGCCACGGAAGUUUCUAUUAAAUCUGGUGACAUUAAUAGAAAUUCAAAGACGAAUAAUAGUUCAGGAAGAAGUUUAAAGAGACCUUUAGAAUCCGGAAAUGAACAUUACGAAUCUUCGGAGAAAAAGGAUAACGAUGGGAAAUUAUCGAAAUCGUUAGAUGGAAAUGACAAUUCGCCGGAGGACAACGUUAAGAAAUUGAAAUCUUUUGUAGUCUCGGUUAAAAAUCGUCUUGGGGUGGCGUCGCCAAGAAAGAAAUUCGAAAUUUAUAGAGAAAGGGCGGAUAACGAGGCGCGACACAAACAAUUGGACAAACGAUUUGAUAGGAAACGAUUUAAUAAUAGUCAUAAUACGAAUUUUCAACGUAAUAGAAACUUUGAAAUAGAGGAACGUAAUAAGAGAAAUAGAGAGAUAGAGAUAAGACAACAAGAAGCGGAGAGAGUAAAUGAUAUAAAGAGUCGAUUGGGUACUAUUAGAAAUGAUCGAUCAAACAAAAUGAUCGAUCUGAAGGAUAAAGGAACUACUAAUAUGAAGUCAAAGAUACCUGAAAAAUCAACAGGUAGUGUGAAAGAUCGCCUUGGAAUUAGCAAUGCUCAUAGACCACAGAAAGCAACAACAAUAGAGACGGUAGAAUAUAAGAUUAACAAGUGCUUAGAACAAGAUCGUAAUACUUUGAUCAGCAACAAGAAUAUAAAAACUAGAUUAGGACCAUUGAAAAAUAAUUUCAAGCCAGUAAACUCUAAAAAUUAUUUGAAUCCGCUUAAUCAAUCUUCUCAUGGCAGUGAAGACGACGAGGAUCAUUCUCAAGUACCUAUAGAAGCAGAAUUAAAUGACGAAGUGGACGAAGUAAAUGCUGCUCCUCUUAAAUCUCAUAUAAUAGCUGUAAAGAAAUCUACACCGCCAAAGACUGAUAAAAAAAGAAUUAAAGCCGUAGAGAAAGUUAAUAAAAAGGUGUCGAAUAAUAUGGACGAUGAAGAAAUCGAAGACGCUAAGCUUCCAAGUAAAGUUAUUGUGACUCCAAGACCAUUGAAGCCUUUGCAGCCACUACAGAAACGUGCGACACAAUCAUUGUUGCUUAGAGCAGUUGCAGAAGCCAAUCAGUCGGUCGUCAAACAGAAGAAUCCAGAGCCAUGCUUAUUGGAGAAGAAACCAGUUUUGAAGCGUCUUAGGCCAGCUCCGUCGAGGGAAUUAAGCCAAAGUUUGUCUGUACGUUUUAAUGCUAAUAAGAGGCUAGUCAUGGAGAAAAUUCAAGUUGAAUUAAAUACAACGGAUCAAGCGGAAUCGGAAACCAAACCUUAUAUACCGCACGUCACCGAUGAGCACAUGGGAGUGGUCAUGUCUUUAUUCCAAAGAAGCGACAACAACCAAAAGUUUUUAGUUACUUUAAAUGGAUAUAAUAAUAAUCUUGCAAAAGAGAAAGCUAUUUCUGACGAUGAGGAACGCUUAGAAAUGGAGGUAAACGAGGACGAUGAAAUGGCACUUUUAACAGUGCAGAACGAAACACUUGGACAAAGUGAUUCGGAAUCGAAUGUUCUUCGAAUAACCGAGGUGGACGAUGAUGGUGACUCGAUUAUCAAAGACAUAAAUGAAGAGAACAAUGAAAAUUGUAAUACAGAAAAUGUUGAUGCCGUUGAGAGUAUACCAACAAAAAGAAGAAAAUUGAGUCCGAUAAUAUAUAACAGAUCACAUUCACCGAGUUCAAUUGAAGUAAAGUCUACAACGGUAUAUGGUAGCGUAACAACGACCAAACACAAGAGACCAAACGCAGAGAGUGGGAUAUCUACGGUGAUCGAUAAGUCGAAAGAGAAAUGUCGAUAUUGGCCUAAUUGCACACUUGGAAACAAGUGUGCAUUCAUGCAUCCUGCCGUUAUGUGCAGUGCAUUCCCGGCGUGCAAAUUUGGAGAUAAGUGCGCGUACAAGCAUCCAAAGUGCAAGUUUGGAUUAUCCUGUACAAAAUUAGGAUGCGUAUUUUCGCAUCCCAUUCAACAAUGCAAAUAUCAUCCAUUCUGUAACAAACCUGCUUGUCCGUAUUCGCAUCCGGUAGCGCAUACAGCGUUAACGCCAGAAGCUAAUACACAGAGAGCAAAGUUUACAUGGCGAAGAAGCGACUGAAGAAACAUUUGCUAGAUCUUCAUAAUAGAUCUUUUAAAAGGAUUUAAUUGUACAUAUUUCAGUUCGUUCAGUAUGAUUGAAUAAGUGAACUUUGUACAGAGAAUGAGAUAAGGGAGAAAGUAAGAGAGACCGAGAGAGCGAGAGCGAGAGAGAGAGAGAGAGCGAGAGAGCGAGAGAGAGAGAGAGAGAGAGAAGAAAUAUCAGAGAAAUUAGUUAUGUUGUAAACUUAAGAAACAAAAUAUCUAAGCUGAAAAUUAAUGUUCAAGUCUUUCACGAUUAAUCUACAUUAUUAUACGUAUUUUAUAUAUAUAUAAUAUAUAUAUAUUAUAUAUAUAUAUAGAACACAGUAUGCUAAGACGCAAAGUUUGCAUUUGUUAAAUACACAUCGUUUUUCGAAACGCCGAUGAAAUUAUUAGGCAAUAUUGAAUUUAUUUAACUAUUAACGAUUAAAAUAAUAUUAUCGAAGACACGUUGUCACUAUGAUACAAGAGAUAUAAUACAUAAGAAAAAAGAAAAUUAAUUACCGUACAGACAUACACACAGUUGUGAAAUUUAAAUUAAUACAUAUAUAUAUAUAUAUA